AUGGUAGCUUGGGCAGCUUUAGGCGCAAUGGGAACAAAAGCAUUAGCAUUUGGAGCAAAAGCACUUGGAGCUUAUGACGCAGUAAAUAAAAUGAGUGGAGGAAGGGUUUCGAAGACAUUAGAUGCAAAUAAAGGGAAGAUUGGAGGCUGGGUUGUAAAGAAGUUAAGAUUAAAUAAAAUAGGGCUCAUAAAUAAAGCAUCCAAUUUGGUUGCGACUGAGUCAGAAAAUGCUUUAGGAAAUGACGAUGAGUUUGCAAAACACGCAAAAGACUUUAAUGACCAGAUGAAAGGUGAAACAAUGCAUUUAAAUAGAGUCGAUGGAACUAAAAAAAUGUUUCUUCUCCACCAGUAG